AUGGACAACAACCCUCUGACCCUGUUCUGUCUUGUCGACGGAGAGGCCACCACCAAUGCGUUCCCUGUCGAGAUCGAGUCAACCAAGACCAUCGGCGACCUCAAGAAGCUCAUCAAGGCUGAGAAGGCUCCCCGCUUUGACGAUGUCGCUGCUGAUGAGCUCACCCUCUGGCGCGUCUCCAUUCCGGACGACGACGACGACGACGAGAUCCCCAUUGUGCUUAACAACGUCAACAACAAGGACAAGAAGAAACUCAGGGCGACGCGUGGCCUGUUGGAGGUCUUUCCAGACAAGCCGCCCAAAAACACCAUUCAUGUCAUCGUUCAGCGCCCUCCUCAGGUCCAUGCACCUGUUCUUGCUCGAGCCUCUACUCCUCUCUCUGGCUACCUUUCAGAUCAAUCUCGUCCUGCAACGCCCAUACAACUGAAGAUUGUUCCGCAAGAUCACAUCGAGAAGGAACUAACACUCGUUCUUGAAGGCGUCAACCAUCACCAUUUCACCGAACCUGUCGAUCCAAAGGAUGUCGAAACCUCUCAGAGGGAAAUACUAGGGCCUUUUUACAAGAGGCCAUUACCAUAUCACGAAACAGCGACAGACACAAGCCUGGUGAUGCUGGGACUUGAGCUGGACAAGCAGGCAAGGACGAGCGACGGCGAAACCUUGCAUUCUAUUGUGGAGGGCGACAUCGGCAAAUACAGUGACCAUCGCGUAGUAGCUAUGGUUGCUCCGUCUGGAUCAGGAAAGACUGCGACCGUAGUUGACCUCGCGAGCAAGCACUUUGUCAUCUAUUGUGUUUGUUGCAUCCCGAGCCCCACCAUCUCUCCCGGCUUCAAGGACCCGAACUUUAUCACGCUUGCAGAAGACAUUGAGAGCAUGUAUCGGUCCAUUAUUCACAGGAAUCAAGGGGGUUCGCAGGACGCAAAGGACAUCGAUUCCGAAGUCAAGGCCCUAGCAGGAGAGCGCGUCAAGCUCGAAUUCCUUGCAAGACUGCUCUUCCUGCAACUUCUCCUCCAGAACAAACCUGAUUUGGAGCCACAGCAGUUUUUCCGUGAGCAGACGACCGGAGGUGCAGCAACUAUUGCCAGGCUUGUCACCAAGUUGCAGGGGUACGACAACCGCGCGAUUCGUGACAUGCUCCGUGAGACUCAGAUCAAUCUCCACACACUUCUUGUCCCCAGACGACUUGGGCUAGUGAUUGCUCUGGAUGAGGCUCAAGUUGCGGCUACUGGAAUCUUCUGCAAAGGACAAGGCUCAGAGACUGUUGAGACAAAGCUUCCUGCAUGUAUCAACAAGGCUUCCAACGUCUGGUGCAUCACGGUGAUUGCUGGUAUGCAAACUCAUCUGGAGAACGUUGUGUUCCUACCUAAAGCAUAUUUGGACAACGACGGAUUCAUUAAGAUCGACGGACUAAAAGUUUCUCCUGUCUUGUGGGCGGAUACCAAGACCGAACUUACCUAUGGUCAAAAACGCGACUACUUGAGGAUUGCCGAGAGCGGAUACCGUAUGGCCGGGAACAUACAGAAAGAUCAAGGGUGUUCGAUCUGUGGAGACGUCAUUACUUGGAGAACUGUCGGCACUUCGCUCAGAAAACCUGGUCUUCCUAUUGCAGCAGAUAUCAAAGAAACAUAUGGAGUGGCGGAUAGGAAUGUUUCUGAACUUGCGAAACUUCCGGAGCUGCAGGACCUUAUCAAUGAACUUCUUAGUGACAGAUGUUGCGCAAGCUGCGAUACAAAGCUUACGAGGGACAACGCAGUCUUCAGAGUUCGCCGCUCGAUUCGAGACUCUCGAGAUAAUCCUCUAGAUCUUACAGGACGUUGCAAGACGUGCAAAUGUGUUGCAGAUGUCGAUUUUUCGAGGCAAGUACGAUCUUGGGCCUAUCGAAAGCGUGCAAAACGACCCGGGGAUUAUGAGAGCUUGGAAAAAGCCAUGAUGGCUUAUGUCACGACCCUUGCUCGAGGAUUCUGUGUCGGGUCCCCUGCCUUCGACCCUGAGGAGUUUGUUGUGCUCCGUGAUGAGGCCGCGGAGCGGCGAGACUUUCUUCAUGAUCUGAAGACAGAGAUGCCGAAAGGGACAAAAUGGGCAGAUGAAGUGAUCGAGAGCAUCGAGGAAACUGUGAUAAACGGUGGAUUCGAUAAAGCGAGUGUGGAGCAGUGGCCCGAAGACAAGGUCCUACAGAGGAGGUACCAGAAGUUUGAGUACGGCCGGCAGGAACGCGGAAAAGCUGAUCGAUUGGCCUCCUGGUCGUAUGAAAAGUAUCGCUAUUAUUUGCACUUAUGCAAAGAACGAUCACUCGUCACCGGGAUGAAAGUGACCCUGCCAAGAAAACUGGAUAUUGAUCGCAACAUCGACACUGACAAGUACGAUUUCGAUACCAUCCUACUCAUGGAGAAUGAGAUCAACGUGGCGAAGAAGAGUAUGUCCGAGUUCAAGGACUCAUCUGCAUUCCGUCUCUCCAAAGAGUCAUUCAAGCCAAAGUGGGCGGUCAAGAUCUUACGCGCUGAUCUAUGGAAAUUGAUCGAGGACACCAACGCAACGAAGGAUGGCUUGGAGGUCGAAGCCGAGUCACCUCUUCUACCGCCGUUUGUGUUACUCGAGGAGCAUACCCUCCAAGGUUCUGCUCUUCCACGACAAACCAUCAGCCCACUAUCAUCGUCUAUCAUAACCAGCCUGCCAUCAAACGUCCCAUCCGAGAUAUCUGUUACAUCUCGUCACAGCCAAAAAUCGAUCAAGGAUUUUUUUCCAUUGACCCCUGCUCAUGGAAACUCCGCCAUGCGUGCACUGCCCUUGACAGCAGAAAUCAUUACCCGUGGUCGUCACCCACUGGUGGACAUCAGCAACGACGGCAAGGACAAUAACGGACUUCCCACAAUUCGACGAGGACGAUUGAGCAAGAUGCUCUCGGAGCUCGUCGACAUGUCAGACUGUGAAAUCCCGCCUGCCAAGCGGCGCAGGCUGUCAGGGCGAGCCCGGUUUUCCAUUGGUAUCAUCAACCGCCUCAUCGCAACCGGCUCUAUCCAGAACUCCAAGCAAGUAACUCUGGAGAACGCCAUUAAUUACGCAAUUGCGCAUGUGAUGAGUGGACUCCGGAGUGGGAUACGCACUAUUCUCGAGAGCGACAAAACAGGCGAGGCAGCCCGGCUUCUCUGUCGAAUGGUCUUGGCCUAUCACCUCCAAGAUGCCAGAAUAUCGUUCUCGAGACACCAGCAGGCCGACUUUGUGGACAAAGCCUUGUGUAGACUGCGACCACAUCCUGAUGGCAUUCAUUUGGUGAUGGACGAGCUAAUGGUGGUUGAGGCGGUGGAGGAGGAGCUAAAGGCUUUAGAUAAGGAUCCCGAGUUCUCGGAGUAUCUGGAUCAAUUCUACCAGAUUGUCGCCAACUUUGGCGUGGCUUCAACGUCAAAGGGGGAUGCACUGGAACCACUUGUCCGCCGAUCACUUCAGCGCUUCAAUGGUCUCCGUCUCGUGGAUCUUCCUUUCCUCCAAGGCAUCGCCUUGCCCAAAUGGUGCGACAAUCUCAGGCUUCAAAUCGACGGGAUCAACACGGCCAAUGGAUUUGGAUAUACCGACAGUGGCAUUGCCUCCGAUCUCGCCUUUCUCACCGACCGUCCUCCGAACAAGAUGCUUAUUGCCAAGUAUGGCACACGUCCGGAUGGAGCUUGGUUUUUCUCUGACAAGCAGUACGCCGGCUCUCUUGCAAUCAAGUUCUACAGCAGCCCUGUGCCCCGGAAGACGCAUAAGGAUAAUGAGACCUCAAGCGACAUUCGAGGUUGCUUCUUACAAAAGGACGGUACUACCUUGAACUCAACCUUGGCAAACAUUCGACGCGACUUUGUAGCUUCGGGUACUCCUUCCGACCUCAAGGGUAUCCUUCGCAUCCACCUCGAGUUCCCUGACGUCCAGUACGGUAUGCCAGCUACCCAUGUCUUGACAGACCCUGUGACCAGCAACCAGGAUGUGAUGGUGUAUAUCAACCUUUCGAACAUGGACGAUUUUUUCUUUGAGGGCAUCUCAGAGCACAAGGACGAUAUGGUCCGAUUGAAAAAGGUCAUUGGACUUGUCUGCAAGAAAUAA